UAAACAACAGAUUUGAUUAUCGAUAACUGUUUUCCUAUUUUGUACUAUAGUCGAUAAUUGAAAAUGUUUUUGAGGAAAUAGUUCAAUUAAGCGAUAUAAAAUUAUAACAAAUUUCAUUCAUAAUAAUUGAUUGAUGUUUACAAAAUCCAAAUUGCCUUAAAAUCAAAUUUUCAAAAAAACAUCGAACACAAUAUAGAUUUUUUUUCAAAAAAAUGGAUGAUCAAUCUUCUUCAACGACAAGAGCUUCACAAUCAUCAUCGAAUGAUCGUAAUAAUGGUUCAUCAUCAAAUCAAUCAGGUAGCGGUGGUGUUGGUGGAACAGAAUCAAAUUUUGACUGCAAUAUUUGUCUAGAUACGGCUAAAGAUGCCGUUAUCAGUAUGUGUGGCCAUUUAUUUUGUUGGCCUUGUUUACAUCAAUGGUUCGAAACAAAACCAGAUCGUCCAACAUGUCCAGUGUGCAAAAAUCUUAUUUCCCGUGAUCAAGUGAUACCUUUAUAUGGACGUGGUAGUUCGAAAAAAGAUCCACGUGAAAAGAAAAUUCCACCUCGUCCACAAGGUCAAAGAUCAGAACAAGAUUAUAAUUCGAUGGGAUUUCCAAAUUUUGGUUUUGGUGAUGGUUUUCAUAUGUCAUUCGGUAUCGGUGCCGUUCCAUUUGGAUUUUUUGCCAGUACUUUUAAUAUUGGUGAUUUUCGUACAGGUCCAAUGAUGGACGGACUUGAUCUAGCUCAAGAUCGAUUUGUAUCGAAAUUAUUCAUGUGGAUAGCAGUUAUAUUUAUUUUAUGGCUUUUAUUUGCAUAAUCAACGGUUAUUUGUUGCAAGAAAUUGGUUUUUUUUGUUUGUUUGUUUUAUUGUUGUUGUUCGAGUUUGCUUUUAAUCAUCAUCAAAAAAAAUAAAUGUAUCAGGCAAUCAAUUAACUUGAAAAAUUUGAUUUUUUUU